AUGGGCUCAGUUGAGGAGAAGAUUAAAGCAGGGGGCUUGCUUAGUGGUGCACAAUCAAGCAUACUUGAUGAGAUGAAGCUAUUGAAAGAACUUCAGGAUCAUUCUGGGUCCCGGAAGGCUAUAAAUUCAGAGUUAUGGCAUGCCUGCGCCGGCCCACUUGUUUGUUUGCCUCAGGUGGGAAGUCUUUCAUAUUACUUCCCUCAAGGACACAGCGAACAGGUGGCGGUUUCCACGAAAAGAACGGCAACCUCACAGAUUCCCAACUAUCCGAAUCUCCCAUCUCAGUUGCUAUGCCAAGUUCAAAAUGUUACACUGCAUGCAGACAAAGAAACCGAUGAAAUCUAUGCACAGAUGAGUCUUAAACCAGUGAACUCUGAAAAGGAUAUCUUCCCGGUACCAGACUUUGGACUAAAGCCUAGCAAACAUCCAAGUGAAUUUUUCUGCAAAACUUUGACUGCAAGUGAUACAAGCACACAUGGGGGCUUCUCUGUGCCGCGCAGAGCAGCAGAAAAGCUCUUCCCUCCACUAGAUUUCACAAUGCAACCACCAAGCCAAGAACUUGUUGUCCGAGACUUGCAUGAUAAUAGCUGGACAUUUCGCCAUAUUUAUCGCGGGCAGCCGAAGCGGCACCUUCUCACAACUGGAUGGAGUUUGUUUGUUGGUGCAAAGAGGCUUAGAGCAGGUGAUUCGGUGCUGUUUAUCAGGGAUGAGAAGUCACAGCUAAUGAUUGGUGUGAGACGAGCAAAUCGUCAGCAAACAACGUUGCCGUCAUCAGUUCUAUCUGCUGAUAGCAUGCACAUUGGUGUCCUUGCUGCUGCCGCUCAUGCUGCAGCCAAUCGAAGUCCAUUCACUAUAUUCUACAAUCCAAGGGCAUGCCCUUCAGAAUUUGUCAUACCUUUGGCUACAUACCAAAAGGCUAUAUAUGGGACCCAGCUCUCAGUUGGAAUGAGGUUUGGAAUGAUGUUCGAGACAGAAGAGUCGGGUAAGCGCAGGUAUAUGGGUACAAUAGUCAGUACUAGUGAUUUAGAUCCACUGAGAUGGCCUGGUUCAAAGUGGCGGAAUCUUCAGGUAGAGUGGGAUGAGCCAGGGUGUUGUGAUAAACAGAACAGGGUUAGUUCGUGGGAAAUUGAGACUCCUGAAAAUCUUUUCAUAUUUCCUUCUCUGACUUCGAGUCUUAAACGGCCACUACACUCUGGAUUCUUAGGAGCAGAAACUGAGUGGGGAAAUUUGAUUAAAAGACCAUUUAUCCGUGUUCCUGAGAUUGGAAAUGGGAACUCAUUUCCGUACUCGAUUUCAAAUCUAUGUUCGGAACAGCUAGUCAAUAUGCUACUGAAACCUCAACUUGUUAAUCAUGCUGGAACUUUAGCUGCUCUACAACAGCAAUCACCUGCUAAUGGAGAUCUAGUAGCAGAUAUGAAGGCCAUGCAGGCCAAACUCAACCAAAAGAAUCCGGGUGUCUUUUCAGAAGGUACAUCUCUACAGAGUCAAAACCCUCCCCAAUCAUCUCUGGAUCAAUCUGCUACAAUAAACGUGAAUACAACAUCUCAUGCAAUUCUACCAGGAAAGCUGAACAACCUAACAAAGUUUGGAAGUCAAGCGCCAGUUGGAAAUAGCACUGACAAGACAAAAUUAGAAACUGAUUUUUCUGCCGAUCAGUUAAGCCAGUUGAAUUCUACAGGACUGGGAAUUGAAGAUAAAUUGGCUGCAGGGUUUGUUAGUCCCUAUAACCUUGUGAACCAGCUGACAUUUACCAACCAAAACCAAAGUGCAGCGCAACUACAAACUAGCCCACGGCCUAUGCAGCCGCCUUUGGAAUCAUUACUUUACCACUCCCAACAAACUGAUAUGCCUAAUUCAGAUUUCAAUAGCACAAAUGGGUCGCUUCCAUUCCUAGACAAUGAUGAAUGCAUAUUUUACCAGUCCUGUCAACCCUUUGCCGGGACACUUAGAUCACAGGGGCCUUUGUCUGUGUUUGGUUUGCAAGAUUCUUCAGCUGUUUUAACUGAAGCAAAUAAUUCCUCCCUAACUUCAAUUGGUCAGGAAAUGUGGGAUAAUAGCCUGAAUAAUUGUAGGCUUUUACCCCAAGUGGAUCAGCUUACUUCAUCCCAUCAAGGUCCUGGUAGCCUUAAUUGUAUUUCUAACUCAAGCAGUCUCAGAGAUUUGUCAGAUGAGAGCAACAAUCAAAGUGGGAUUUAUGGUUGUCCAAACGUUGAUGUUGGUAGUGGUGUAAGCACUGUUAUUGACCCUUCUGUUUCAAGCACCAUACUGGAUGAGUUUUCUACAUUAAAGAAUGCAGAUUUCCACAACCCCUCAGAUUGCUUGCUUGGUAACUUGAGCUCGAGCCAGGAUCUUCAGUCACAGAUUACCUCUGCAAGCCUAGGAGACUCCCAGGCUUUCUCCAGGCAAGACCUGGCAGACAACUCAGGCGGUACAUCCUCAAGCAAUAUAGAUCUUGAUGACAGCAGUCUACUGCAGAACAACAGUUCAUGGCAUCAAGUGGUUCCUCCUGUGCGAACCUAUACAAAAGUACAAAAGACGGGAUCUGUUGGAAGGUCAAUUGAUGUUACUAGUUUCAAAAACUAUGAAGAACUAUGUUCGGCAAUUGAAUGCAUGUUUGGACUGGAAGGGCUGCUAAAUGACCCAAGAGGUUCAGGGUGGAAAUUGGUUUAUGUGGAUUAUGAGAAUGACGUUCUACUUGUUGGGGAUGAUCCUUGGGAGGAAUUCGUUGGUUGUGUUCGCUGUAUCAGAAUCCUUUCACCAACAGAAGUUCAGCAGAUGAGCGAGGAGGGAAUGAAGCUUCUGAAUAGUGCUGCAAUGCAAGGGAUUAAUGGCACCAUGUCCGAAGGUGGCCGUACUUAA